AUGGCCCCAGCUCUUGUUCAAAAUUCGACCAACUUUUUGAAGGAGAUUGUUCGCCCGGUUGCAAACUUCUCUCCUAGCUUAUGGGGCGAACAGUUUAUCAACUUUUCUUUUAAUACCGAGUUUGCGGAAAAAUAUGCCAACGAGAUCGAAGGGUUUAAGAAUGAAGUGAGAACCAUGCUGACAGCUCCCGGAAAAGACAAGGUGGAGACCAUGAAUUUGAUCGACACACUCGAGCGUUUGGAUGAAGCCUAUGAUUUGUACACUGUUGCACUUCAUUUUCGUUUAUUCAGACAACAUGGCUACCGUAUAUCUUGUGAUAUCUUUAAAAAAUUCACAGACGAGAUUGGAAAAUUCAAAGAGAGUAUUAAGAGCGAUGCAAGCGGAUUGCUAAGCUUAUAUGAAGCUGCAUAUUUAAGAGUGCAUGGAGAAGAUAUACUAGAAUAUGCCCUCUCUUUUACAACAGAUAACCUGAAAUCCAUGGCACCAAAUCUAAGUUCUACCCUUGGGAAACAAGUAGCUCAUGCCCUUGUGCAAUGCAUCCAUUUUGGGAACCCAAGAAUUGAGGCACGUAACUUUAUCUCCAUCUACCAAGAAGAUGAGUCCAAGGAUGAAAUGCUGCUAAGGUUUGCCAAAUUAGACUAUAAUUCAUUGCAAAUGUUGCAUAAAAAGGAGCUCUGUGAAGUAUCGAGGUGGUGGAAGGAUUUGGACCUUGUUUCUAAGCUUCCAUAUGCUAGAGAUAGAGUGGUAGAAUGCUUUUUCUGGGCGAUGGGUGUUUACCAUGAACCUCAAUAUUCCGUUGCUCGAAUCAUGCUCACGAAAACCAUUGCAAUGACGUCAAUAAUAGAUGAUACAUAUGAUGCCUAUGGUACAGUUGAAGAACUUGAAGUUUUUACAGAGGCCAUUAUGAGGUGGGAUAUUAGUGAAGUCGAUCGGCUUCCAGAGUACAUUAAACCAUUCUAUAGUGCUCUUUUAGAUCUUUAUGAGCAAUUUGAUGAAGAACUAUCCAAGGAAGGAAGAUCUUAUGCAGUUCAUUAUGCAAAAGAAGCUUUGAAAGAACUUGUGAGGACAUACUGGGUAGAAGCCAAGUGGUUCAUCGAAGGAUACUUGCCACCAUUUUCCGAGUACAUGAACAAUGCCUUAAUCACAUGCACUUACGUUUAUCAUACAACUACAUCCUUGUUGGGAAUCAAAUUUGUUACCAAGGAAGACUUUGAAUGGUUAAGCAAUAAACCUAAAAUGCUUGUUGCGAGCCUCAUAAUAUGUCGGCUCGUUGAUGAUAUUGCUACAUAUGAGGUUGAGAAGGAAAGGGGCCAAAUUGCCACCGGCAUCGAAUCAUACAUGAAGGAGAACCAGUUUGACAGCAUAUCCAUACUGAUAAAAUCUUCACUUUUGCUACUUCGAUGUUUUAAAAACUCUGUUACUUAG